AUGGUUCUUACAAAUAAAACAAAACAGAAUUCGUCUAAAGUUUACAAUAGUGACACAGUAACAUAUAAUCAAGACAAUAUAGUUGUCAAUAAUGAUGCUGAUGUGGAUGCGAUGGGAACUGAGAAUCAUAGUACUAUAUGUCAACAACAAGAUAUUGUGCACGAAGUUUAUAUUAAUCCUGUAUGGAUGAUUAACGGUGUCAGAAUGGAGUUAUCAAUCAAUACCAACACUCCAUCUUGUGAAGAAAAUCAUUUUGUUGAUUAUAAUCUUCCUGUUAACUUUUAA